GCGGUUUUAACAGAUGUAUACAAGUGCUGCCCAGCCAUGUUACUACAAAAGAUCCAUCCGCAUACUUGACAGAUUUGUUGUUGUUUUUUUUAAAACUCCCAUGCUAAUUUAGCUUGUCCGCAUGUAAACAAAACUAAAUGUGUUGACUUUUCUUCAAGCAUUCGUCAGCAUGGCACAACCCGCAGAGAAAGGUUAUUAUCGCUUUUUGGUGCUGUUCUUCAACUGCCUGCUGACGUUUGGCUCCUACUUCUGCUUUGACAUCCCCAGUGUUCUGCAGGAUCAGUUUCAAGGGAACCUGACAUGUCCCAAUGCGACGGUGAUCAAUGGGACGGUGGACUGUGUGGUGGGCUUGGGGAUGACCCCCCAGCAGUACAAUCUUCUCUAUGCUAUCUAUGCGUGGACGAACGCGGUGGUGGUGAUCCUAGCUGGCUUCCUGAUUGACAAAUUGGGCAAUCGCUUCGGAGUGUUCCUCUUCUCCUUCCUGUGCGUCUUGGGUUCCUCCAUGUUCGCCCUGGGUUCCCACUUCAGAGGAACUCCAUACCUGCUGCCGCUCAUGCUCACAGGACGACUCCUGUUCGGAUCAGGCAACGGUUCUCUGACCAUCGUCCAGAACCGCAUCACCGCCUUCUGGUUCAAGGGGAAGGAACUGGCUUUAGCUUUUGGGCUUACCUUAGCGUUUUCUCGCUUGGGGUCCGUCCUCAACUUCUUCUUCACGCAGAGGUUUGAAGAAAGGUUUGGCUUGCAGUGGACCCUGUGGGGCGGUGCUCUUUUGUGUGUGUUGGGUUUCACGUCUGCCAUCAUAGUCAGCAGUCUGGACAAGGUGGGAAUGAGGCAGCUGGGUCUUGACGGUGCCAUCCAGGAGGAGUCUCGCAAAGUGAAAAUCCAGGAUGUAAAACUGCUGUCGCUGAGAUACUGGCUGCUGGUUCUCACCAUCAUGUUCUUCUACAACGGAAUCUUCCCCUUCAUUGCCGAUGCCAGUAAGUUCAUUCAGGAUAAAUACACUGGCUACACUCAGAAGGAGGCCGCUUACAUCGCCGGGGCCGUUUACGACAGCUCCCUUGUCCUCUCUGCCAGCGUCGGCAUCCUCAUAGAUUACGUUGGUCUACGGGGGGUUUUCGCCGUGGCCUGCGCCGUGUUCACGCUGCCCGUGUUUGGACUCCUGGCCUUCACCUUCGUCCCUCCUCUGGUCUCCACCAUCUGGCUGGGAGUUACCUACUCCUUUGCUGCCGCGAGCAUGUGGCCUUCCAUCCCUCUCGUGGUGCCUCAAGCCACCAUCGGCACCGCCAUGGGCCUUGCUACCUCCGUCCAGAUGGUUGGGAUCGGCAUCUCCAAUCUGGUCGUCGGGCAGAUUUUAGGCACAAAAUCCAGUGACACUAAGAUUCCAUUGUGGCGCUGGCAGAGGAUGAUGAUCUUCAUGUUGGCCAACACCGUCGGCUGCAUCGUCACCUCAGUGCUGCUCAACGUGGUCGAUCACAGACAGGGAGGGAUGCUGAACAAGAUGACCAAAAGAUCAGGACAGGCGGAGAGAGAGCCUGACAGAGAGCCCCUCAACCAAGAAGAGGAAGAGGAAAGCGAGGAUGAGGGGGAUGAAGCACUCCCGUCCCACUCCAUCAACUCCUAACUUCUCCAAGUUGUCUUAAGUUUCAUUAUACCGCUUUUUUUAAGCGCGAUGCCAGUUUUAGAGAGAUUUUUAUCUUUCUUUUAAUAAUCUGGCUUUUAAAGACAAUUUUUUUAAAACCGUGGCCAAUGUUUUAAAUAUGUCUUUGAAGAAGGGAUUUGUCAUAACAUUUGUAGCCCAAAUAAUUUGGGCCAAGUAGGACACUACACACAUGUAUUGUAGGCACAAACGGACUUAAUGUUUUGUAUUGUACACAUUUCUUGCAACCAUAACUCUUGGAAAAA